UAGACUCGGUCAUCUUAUGUACAACCGCCGCCCGUCCCUAUCCAUUGCCUUUUGCCCUCUGUUUGCUGUAUACUGGCUCCAUCGUUAUCACUGUCGCUCCGUCCUCGCAUGCCAUUUUUCCUACUUGCUGCUACUCCUACGAAGAUUGAACCAUUCUCCUUCGAACCCAGGUGUGCGCAAAUCCCUAUCUUCCCACGGGUUGACACGGUCUGUCGGACACCACCUGUCAUCGACCUUCCUGUUCUUCGAUUGUGACCGCCACAGACACAGCGUGCUCCUGUGACACAAGAAUGCGUCUUCCUUUAGACCACCUCGGCAAGAUCAAAAACUACAUUCACAUCGGGCAAGGGGCCAUCCUCUUUCUCGCAUGGGCCCUGACAAUAGCGCUCUUAACCCGCGAUGGAAGCACUGACGGCCGUGUGGGCUGGUACUUUGGCUUGUGUUGGCUAACCAUUCCGACCCUGAUUUACCUCGUCAUGGUACCUAUGUGGUCCCGUGCCCGCCGCUUCUCAAACGUCUAUGCCUUCGCCUGUCUUGACGGCCUGGCCGUAAUUCUCUGGCUCAGCGCCUGGGCAGCCGUUGCCUCGUACGUCGCCGCGGGGAAAGGAAAGGGGGACAAGAAAGACGCCUCGGGCUGCGACAACUUCAAAUACGGUAGUCCUGGACGCUGCAAAUUGAGCGAGACUAUCAUUGUUUUCGGCGUGUUCGAAAUGCUACUUUUCGUUGCGACAACACUCAUAUCCUUCCGGACCGUCAUGACAUUCAAACGCACUGGCAUGAUGCCGAACACGCAGUUUGGGGGAAGCGGGUCAGACAAACCGAACGAUUUCUCGGCGCAGACCCAGGACGCGUUUUCGAGUAGCAUACCAGCGGACGAAGAGCUUGACGAUGAUUCACAGAGACGGCAGGACUACGCCUCCCAGAAGUCCGAGUACGAUGAACAGUAUGCGCCACUACAUCAGCAGGAGCAGGAUGACAUCGUCCACAUGCCUGCUGCGCAGCCUCAGAGUCCUCUGAACCACAGUGGGUUAGGGAUCCAUGACUACAACACGGCUUAUACGGGGUACGGAGGUCAGCAGAUGCCGGGUCGGUAGCAUGUUUUGACGGUCUCUGUGACAACUUAUUCUCGCAGUUCUCUACAGGCCUCUGGGCAGUGACUACCUACCUUUUGAAGCGUUCGAGCGAUUUUCGGUCUUGUAGUGUAUCAACGGAUAUCUCACAAAUCUCGUUCAAUAGCACCGGGUUUCAUGCCUCAUUUCAAUUAGCCUCGGAACAUCUUCAGAGUUUCAGUUCUUGUCCAACGAGAUGCCUUAAUAAAUGUCAGAGCGGCAGUAGUGGCCAUCUUAUGCCGGGAGCCUUCCUUGGUCGUGUACAACCAGC